AUGUCUGACGGAAAGGCCCCUCACUUCCCACAGCAACCAGUUGCUCGUCAAAACGAAGACGGAAGUCUUGAGCUCGAAUGUUACUUGGAUGCCAGACCAAAGCCAGACAUCAAAUGGUUUUAUGACAACAAAGAAAUUAAGCCUGAUGGUCGUUUCAACUUCAGAAUGGAUAACAAGGGAGGAGACUCUUACAGCGCUAUUUUACAGAUUAAGGAUUUGGCUGAUUCUGACGCCGGAGCUUAUAAAUGCGCCAUUGUCAAUCCACACGGAAAGGGUAACGCCAACUUCAAUCUUAAGUUGACAGGAUUCUCUUCUCCAACUUUCAUCGAAAAACCACAAAUCUCUUCUCGCGAUGAAGGUCAAGUUAUGGUCAUGGAAUUCAGAGCAAAGUCUAUCUUGAAGCCAACUUUCGUCUGGCAAAAGGGAGAUGAAAUUGUUCCACAAUCAGAUAGAGUGAAGAUUGUUCUUCGUGAAGAACCCAACCAAGUCUACUAUUCCGCCUUAGAAAUUAGAGACCCCACCAAGGAAAAAGAUGCCGGUCAAUUCGUCUGCACUGCAAAGAACGAUUCUGGAAAACUCACCGCCACCUUCACCGUUAAAUUCGAAGUACCACAAGGAGCUCCAACCUUCACAAGAAAACCCCAAAUCCUUCAAAAAACUUCCGACUCCGGUGAUCCAGCUAUUGUCUUCGAUAUUGGAUUCCAAGCCGAUCGCAACCCUGAAGUUAUGUGGAUCAACCCCAAGGGAAAGAAGAUGAAGGAAUCUUCCCGUAUCAAGUUCACAACUUCUCCCGAUGGUGGUCAGAACACAUUCACUGCUCUCCUUGAACUUAAGAACUAUAAGGCCAAGGACAGUGGAACUUACACCUGCAAUAUCAAGAAUGAUGCUGGAGAAGCUAACGUUGAACUUACCCUUAACAUCGAAGGACCAUUGGAUGAUGGUGCUGAUGAUGGCAGCGAAGCUUAA